UUAAAUAACCCCUUGCGCAACUUGAUGAAUAGUGUCGCUGUCAAAAGCGAUAGAGGCAGACGAAGGUAUGUUGAUAGACAGACAGCUGUAACAGAGAAGCGAGGAGGAGAAGCUGCGUCAUGUCUCCUCUUCACGGUUACAUGUAGUUAUUUAUCAGCCGAGCUGGAUAUCGGGGAGAGUUUGCUCAACUGUUACCGUCACCGUGCCGUCCCGGGCUUAAUGUUGUGUUGCUUUGCCUUUUUCUGGAAAGCUAUGGAGACCAGAACAUGCCAAGUCUAAGUGCUGUUUUACAAUUCUGAGCAUUUCGAGGUUCUUGUGAAUAUUCUUCCUCCUUAUCAAACUUCAACGCAGGAGGAAACCCUUAGGCUCGACAAGGAGCCUCAGAAGGCCCACAGCCCAACAUGGUGAACAGCCAAGCGUCAGGCGUACCACCAGCCCCCAGGUCGUGUGCAGGAUGCGGAGGGAAGAUUGCCGACCGCUUCCUGCUCUACUCCAUGGAGCGCUACUGGCACACUCGCUGCCUCAAGUGCUCUUGCUGCCAAGCCCAGCUGGGAGACAUUGGCACCACCUGCUAUAGCAAAGGGGGCAUGAUUCUCUGUCGGAGUGACUACAUCAGACUGUUCGGGCACAGCGGGGCGUGCAGCGCCUGCGGCCAGUCGAUUCCAGCCAACGAAAUGGUAAUGAGGGCACAGGGAAAUGUUUACCACCUCAAGUGUUUCAGUUGUGCCACCUGUAGAAACAGACUGAUGCCUGGUGAUCGCUUCCAUUACAUCAAUGGUACAAUCUUCUGUGAGCACGACAGACCCAGUGCUGCCUUGCUCAACAGCCACCUGCCUCCACUUCAGAGCAACUCUGUGCUAACAGACCAGAAGGUUUGCUGAGUGGCAGGGGGGCUGUGCGUUGCCCUCGCCUUUUCUCCUGAGCAUCACUUCUCCUCAUUGCACUCCUCUUCUACUGCUACUGUUGCUCUUGUUGUGGAUUUUCAUCACCGCCUCGCCUCUCCUCCCCAGAGAAGAUGCAGUUUUUCACCAAGAUGUCCUGUCCUUCACCAUACCAGAGGCUUAAUAUACCACAUACAAAGUCACAUUUAUGUUGUGUUCAAUGUAAAAGUGGUCUGCACAUCAUGCAAAGACUUACAGUGGGUGUGGAUGGCACUGGCAAAAUACUCCUUCAGGACUAAGAGAAAGCACGAGGAAGUAAAUGACGUUGAAAGCCAGCACCAACAGGAAAAGGGAACAAAAGAUGUCUGAAUGAAUGUUUGAUGGACUGAUGUAAAAUGACUGUCAAAGCUUUGCUUAUGCCAUGUGGCAUUAUUUCCCCUGAGCAUCAGUGUUUUUAAUGAACUCCUGAUCUCUCUCUUGUAUAUGUUAAUCUGAGAUUUUACACACUGAGAACUGAAUGUAAAAUUGUGGGGUGUCAGGCAAAAUCCAGAGUAUCUGAAAAUGUUAAGUCAGAAACUUUUAAAUGAGUCCAACCAGAAACUUUUUUGUAAGCACUCAAGGAAAACAGAAAUCUAAUAUUGCUGUUACCUGUGAUUACUGAUAUUUCAGAUGCCCUGCACAAAGAACAACUGAAAUGAUCAGGUGAAGGUGUUGCUUUUUUAUGUGGACUUUUAUUUCUUUAUCAAAUGCCUGUUCAGUGUGUUUAAAAAAAAAAAAGUGAGGUUAACAAAAAUCAUAUUAAACGAUUUUUCCUGUAACGUUGCGAAGUGAGCUGAGGUCAUUUUGAAGCCCCAUAGCAGCAUUACAGUGACAUUGUAUUGCAUGGUACCUAGCAUGGUGGAUGUGGCUAACUCUCUCACUCUCUUUAGCCCUGUAUGGCAAAAACAUGCCUGAUUACCCCGAGGAAUGGAAUUAGGAGGCUUGAGCUCUGACCAUUUACAGAAGCAAUUAAACAUGAGCCCUGUAUCUUUGCUGCUGGAGCUCCUGGGAGGCUGAACUUGGGGCAUAUCCCGUGGCUGAAUGGCUCAGUGGCUGCCUGCCUGCCUGCCUCUCAUAAAGCCUAAUCUGAAAGCAGGCUAAUUAAAGGGGAGUGACCCCCUCUACAUCCAGGGCAUUUGAAACAAUCUAAUGUAUUUACUGUUUACCAUGUUCCAAUUAAAGCUCCCACACAUCCAUGUUUGUUUCCCAUCACAGCUCUUUGUUCUCAGCCACUCUACAUGGCUUCUGAAAAUUAUUUUCCUGAGCUGCAUCUAAUUUGCUCUAACUCAGUGUGCCUUUUUAG